AAAGGAAAAAGGGAAGAUGCCAGCCAUGUGCAGACUGAACCAGAGAGGAAAGGAGAGCAUUCAGGCCGGACAACUUGAAAUGCCAAUAAAUUAAUACUUGUACAAUAAAAUUUGCAUAAUGUCAUGAACGCUCACUGAAGAGGAAGAUUGGAGGAGGAAAAAAAAAACACUUCCUAUUUGAAAUUCUGAUGAAGCAUCCACCCUCUGAGCAUUCAAAAAUCUGUAUGCCUUAGUGACAAAUCAUUUGUGUAUCUGCUGCCAGGAUGGGAGGAACAAGUCUAACAACAAGCUCCAAGAAGCUCUACUCAUCCCUUCUGAGCCUCCUUUUUUUUCUUCUCCAGUCUGCCUCUGGACGGGAGCUGAAGUUUGCGCUCUUAGUUUAUCGACAUGGUGACAGAAGCCCCGUUGACAAUUAUCCUACCGACCUACACAGUGAAAGUGAAUGGCCACAAGGAUUUGGACAACUAACUAAGAUUGGAAUACAGCAGCAAUAUGAGCUCGGGCAGUACAUAAAGAAGAGAUACUCCAAUUUCUUGAGUAGUACCUACAAACGGGAAGAGGUUUUGAUCCACAGCACAGAAACAGAUCGAACCAUUAUGAGUGCUCAGGCAAAUCUUGCUGGUCUAUUCCCCCCUUCUGGUGAUGAAAUCUGGAAUCCAGAACUCCUUUGGCAACCUAUUCCAGUACAUAUUGUACCCAAGGAACACAAUCCAAAAUUACGAUAUCCAAUGUUUCACUGUCCACGUUAUUUGAAACUUCUGAAGGAAACAAUUGUCUCAAGUGAAUUCCAGCUCAUGCUGCAGCCAUAUCAGGAAUUUAUAAAAACAAUAUCUUUGCAUUCAGGAUAUAACCCCGAGACUCUGGCAUAUUUUGGCAAUUUCAAACUCUGGCAUGUACAGGAUACUUUAUUAUGUGAGUCCAUUCACAAUUAUACACUACCUGAAUGGGUGACCAAAGAUGUAAUGGCCAAACUGGAUGAACUAACAGUGAUGUCUGUGUCAGUACUAUUUGGUUUACACAAAAGAGAAGAGAAAGCACAGCUGCAAGGAGGACUCCUUGUGAAAGAUAUCUUAGAAAAGAUGUCAAAUGCCGCUAGAUAUCCAGGCAAGAGAAAAAUGCUGGUCUAUUCUGCACAUGAUACAACACUUGGAGCCCUGCAGAUGGCACUCAACAUUUACAAUGAAAAACUAAUUCCAUAUGCCACUUGUCAGUUUUUUGAAUUGUAUCAAGAAAAUAAUGGGGAGUACACAAUCGAAAUGCAUUUUCGGAAUGACACUACAAAAGAACCCUAUCUACUUACCCUACCUGGCUGUUCAUCUGCGUGUCCGCUAUCACAAUUUGCAGAACUGGUUUCUCCCAUCUUAGUCGAAGAUUGGGCUCGUGAAUGCCAGACAACAGAAGAAAAGAAAGAUAGUGACUUGGACAUGAAUCCAGAUGCUGAAAGACCAACAGUACCAAUGGAAGAGACACUAGACAUCAGCACCUCAAGUGAACCAUACAUCUCCAAGCCUAAGAUAACUGGGACUCGUAAACCAGUCAUUGCCAAUCUCAGACCGGGCAUUGCAUUCCCUUAAUUCAACAAUGGACCACAACCCAUUAAGCUAGGGCAUCAGCAUGAAAAAAGUGCUUGGCAAGAGUUCUUGGAAAGAGAUAGGGGUGCUCAGCUGCAGGUCCAAGUCCUGUCCUUUUAAGGCUUUCACAUUUCAUAGAGGGGGCAAAGCCAGAGAUGAGUAGGGUUCUGGGUGUAGAGGCAAAAAAGACACUAGUCUGGUCCAAGAACUUAUUGGGGUAAGUGACUCACUAGGCCCUGCCCUGCCCUACCCAAGGGUUUCCCCCUAAAAUGUAAAACAAGAUACAAGCCGGCUGGCAUUUUUUGUGUCUCUUCUGCCCAUAUGGGCAAAGGAAAAUAUCAUAAAGAUACCCAACUGGCUAGAUAUAAUCUGGUAAAGAAAAGUCAGGUUUCAGGACUAUGAUUUUCCAUGUUUAAUUCUCUAUACGCUUAACAAUUUCUAUUAAAGUAUCUUUUCAAAAUUCACUGGAUGAAUUAGUUUAAAAAAAACUCUUAUAAGUUAGCACAUCUUGAAAAUUAAAUAUGUUUUAAAUAAAGUUACGAUUUAUGUACUUGUUGGCAAAUGCAUAUAUGAAUUCUAGAGAUUUCAACUGUUAGACACAUGAUUCAUUCUCCAAUAUGAUCUCACCUCUAUGUGUGCGUGUGCGCAUGCAUCAUUUUUAGUGUUCUCAUUUGCCAAUUGUUGAAGUAUACCAAAUUAAAUCAAUGGGAUUGAAUUGUGA